UGCACUUGUGAAUGGCCCGAGCCGUGUUAACGCAGUGUUUCCUUAACAGGCAGGAGAGCGCUGCAAGAUGGCAACUGCUCAGAAGCAAAGGAGCUGUGCGAGUGCAGUUGUGUUUCCUACCAAAAUAGCCACAGAGCAGCAGUCCCUGAUGCUAGUGAAGAGGCUCCUGGCAGUAGCAGUGUCCUGCAUUACGUACCUGAGGGGGAUCUUCCCUGAGAGUGCCUACAGGACACGAUACAUGGAUGAUGUCUGUGUCAAAAUCCUGAGGGAAGACAAGAACUGUCCUGGCUCCACUCAGCUGGUGAAAUGGAUGUUAGGAUGCUACGAUGCCUUGCAGAAGAAAUACCUCAGAAUGAUUGUGCUGGCACUCAGUAACCACUGCCUUUCUUUGCAGACCAUCACAGAGUGUUACCACUUCAAAUUCAAGUACACCAGCAAUGGGCCCCUCCUGGACUUCAGCAGUAAGGACACAGGGAAUAACUCCACCAUCACCUGUGCAGACACCAAGAAAGCCAGCAUCCUCCUCAUCCGCAAGAUCUACGUCCUGAUGCAGAACCUGAGCCCCUUACCAAAUGAUGUUUGCCUCACUAUGAAGCUGUUCUAUUAUGAUGAAGUUACACCACCUGAUUACCAACCCCCUGGCUUUAAAGAGGGUGAAUGUGAGGGGAUGAUAUUUGAAGGGGAGCCCAUGUAUUUGAACGUGGGUGAAGUGCCAACGCCUUUUCAUAUGCUGAAAGUAAAAGUGACAACUGAAAAGCAACGAAUGGAAAAUGUUGAUAAAAGCAUCCUGAAGAGAGGAGAGACAAAUGUGCCUCUCCAGGUGAUCCGAGUGGACAGGGAUGAUCCAGAAGAGGAGAACCGCGACAUGAAUGAAAAUCCCAGCCUGGAUAACAAAGUGGAAGAGAGGAAUAAUGUGAAGAUUUCAGAAGCUCAAGAACCACACUUAACUUGUGAGGAAGAUGGAGUUACAAAGGCUGGGGGGAACCAGAAUUCGUCUGUUUCUAACCCUCAGGUGGAUCACUUGGCAAGUAAAACAUCUCAACUUAAUAUGUCAGAGAGCAGGACAAGGAGUGGGAAGCUAUUCCAGGCCAGCACUGUUCAUCCGUUUGAGCUCUCAUCUAGUCAAGAUGUGCUGCCAAAAAGGAGGAAGAUCAGUGAACCAAAGGAGCAGUUCUAGAUGCCCGUGUGCAGCUGGUCCUUCACAGAGUUCUCCACACCACUUCCAU